CGUGUAUUAUUUGUAAUGUGAGCGUAGGAAUGGCGUUAUGUUUAAAGAGAGCGACUAUUCGGAUCAAGCGGCAGGGCCAUAAAAACACAGAACAUUACAUUUUCUUCAAAAGAGCACACCUUUAGGAUAUUGUGCUCCGGUGAAAAUGGUGCCUGCGACUGUCUUUGACUUUGGAGAACCAGCCAUAACCGAAAUCUAGCAGAGUGCACAUCAAUGUGUUGUUGAAACGCUCUAAAACGGGCUCGUGAUUUUAAAUUGGCCAAAAUGUUGAACGGCUCUGCCUUUGAGCUGGCCAGCAUCGAGAGGCGUCGCAACAAUGAGCGAGAGAGGAAAGAGAGAAUUUUCAACGAUAAACUGAGGACCAUCGGUAUUGACAAGGAAGGCCUGGACAAGCAGCUGGAUGACAAGAAGAAAGAGAAGGAUGCGGAAAGACUCGAACAGGACACCUUUGAGGCCCAAUUUCUACACAACAGCAAGCAAGCGUACCUCCUUCAGAACAAAGAAGAAAAGGAGCGACGUGCAAAGGAGAGGACAAGUUUACUUGAGCAGUAUGAGCGUGCAAGGCAGGAGGAGCUGGACCGGGACCACACCGAAGAAGUGGUCGAACACAUGAUGCCGCCGGGAAUGGCGGGCGAGGACCCCGGUAGCGAAAGCCGAAUAUGCAGGCAGAAAGAACAACUGAGGGAGUGGCUGCUGCAGCAGCAGACGGAGCAAGCCGCGGAGAAAGAACGGCAGAAAAUGAAAUGCUUAGACGACGACAAAUUCAGAGUCCACAUGGACAACGUGGCGCUGCAGCUGGAGAACACCGAAAUGGAGAUGAGGAAAUGCAACGCCGUCAAAAUGAACGAGUUCAAUCAGGCCAUGGCUGAAGAGAGACAGCGGCAAGAGCGGGAGCUCAGAGACGACCCCAGAGAGGUGAAGCCCAGUCAGGUGGGAGUGCCGGGUAUUUUUCACAGCUACGACAGGAGGCCACGCCCCGAGAGCUACCAGCAAAUGAAAAAAUUCUGGAACCUUCAAGUUGAAGAGAAAAUGAUGACAAAGUUAGAGGGGGUCAAAGAGAAGCAACAAUACGCUCGCUGGUGCUCCAAGACGGCGCGCACGGCGCUGAUCAUACAGAGGCAGCAGGAACGGGAGAAGAAGGAGCUGCGGCAAGAACUGGACCACAACAACAGCGCCACCGCUGAAUUUGACCGGCGCAACAGACCCGACAUUAAAAGGGGGCGCAUCGACGAAAGUUUCUUUGCCAUGUUCAACACGUGCAGUCGCUGAAGCUACACUCAAAACCUCUUGACAAUUCCAAUGGAAAAUACUCGUUAUGAUUACUUUUGGAGUAAAAAGGACAAACGCUGUGAACAAACUUUUUACUUUUUUUCCCCUUUGACAUCAGAUAUUGUCAUUAGUUUAAAUUAUCUAUUCAAAUGAUUUCUCACCCCCCUAAAAGUUAAAUUGUCACCUGUUGAACGUAGAGGAACCACCUUUACCCAAAUGUUAUGAUUCUCACAUACAGCACGACACCUCGAGGGGGGGGCACCCGCCUACCCUGCUUGUAAAAAUGUAGUUGACGACAGCUUAACUUCAAUUUUUUUUAACGUAAAUACUAACGCGCAGUAGUUGUCACGGGUUCUCUCUGUGCUGGUCUGUUUUCCUUGGGUACUCUGGCUUCCUCCAACAGGGCUGCAUUAAAAAAAUAUGAAUA